CGCUCUCAUCACGCCGAAGCACCCUCAGGCCGACUUGCCCCUUGCCGCCACACGCACACGAGAAGCCGGGUGCCGCGGAGCCGUUGGCUGCCGCCUCACCUCCCCAUCGAACGUCGCAGCACGCUCUCGCGCCAGGCUGGCCCGAUGCCGCGCCGCACCAGCGGCGGCCUGCAGCCCUCUGAUUGCAGCGCAUCUCGCCCUCCAUCUUGCACCCAGCGCCGGUAACCGCCCUCCUCCUCGUUCGCAGAAAUGGCCAAGCUCUCCUCGCUUCUCCUCCUCGUCGUCGCUGUGUCUGCGCAGGCCCUCAUGCCAACCACACGCGCAGGCGGCACCGCCGCGGCGUCGCCCGUCGCCGCGUCGCCACGGCCGCGCACAACGCCGGUCGUUCUGGCGUCGAACCCAAUCAUGGAGUUCUUUGAGAGCCUGGUGCAGAAGUCCUCCACGCUGGGCAAGGACAUCACGCUCGCCGAGGCGAAAGAGCUCUGCCGCGACCCAGAGUCGUCCGGCUGCAGGCGCGCCGCCGCACCGUCCCGCACCCACACACCGCAGUCCGGCGGCCUCCCACCCACACUCGCGUCCGGCCCGCCCGCAGCAUCGACAUGCUCGACAUGAUCGAGAGCGAGAAGGCGACGUAUGGAGCCACCGCCGCCGAGGCUGCCGCCGAGAGGCCCUUGACGCGUCGGCGACACGUCCGAGACCCACCCUCGACGCUGUCCCUUAGGCCGCCGUCAAGUGGUCCGCCGCCAUCGACGAUGCCGUCGUCAAGACGGAGUGAGAAACAGGGCACCGCGGGGAGGG